AUGCCUGACGAACUAGAGGAACGGCUCAAAAGCCAUGCACGUGCCUUUGACAGUCUUCUGUCUUUGAUCCCUGCGAAGUUAUACUAUGGUGAAGAUGUCAGCGAUCAAUGGCAGCGAAAAAAGCAAACACCAGAGCAAAAGCGAGCGGCCAAGAUGGCAAAACUCGAUCCCGACAAUUGGAAAAGUGCUAAAGAUGUCAUGGACGAACGAGCUGCCUUGAAGCGGAAGCGGGAGUCUGAUAACGAAGAAGACGAAGCAGAUCCAAGUAUCCUAGAAAAACCCGGCAUGGAACAACCUAAAGCAGCCCCAACCGCGCAGGCUGCUAAGGUCAAGAAGCAAAAAAUUGAGACCAAGGCCACAACGCAGCCGGACAGCGAAGAGAAGGAAACCGAGGAAGACAUCAGACGUCGAAAGGCACUCCAAAGAGCCGAGAAACGAGCACUGAAGAGUGAGUUGAAAGCACAGGCAAAGGAGAAAAAAGAACGACAAAAGGCCAAGAAGAAUGGAACAGAGCAGGAUGGACAGUCAAUACCAAGGGAGGUACAGCUGAAAGAGCCCAUCGAUCUAAAGUCACAACCCUUGGUAAACGACGAUCAAGCCUCCACCGCCUCUUCUGAAGAGGAACUACCAGAGAUUUUCUCCCCACCGCACGAGUCCACCACAUCAUCAACAUCAUCCAUUCUACCAUCAACUCUCGACGAGCCCAUCAAACCUCAACUCUCCAAUCUACAAAUCCCUUCAGCACCUAGUGAUGAGACCAGCUCCAAGAACACGUCCGCCUCAGGAACACCUCGCGAGAGACUACAAGAGGCCAUUCAGCGACUUCGAGCAGAGCGUAAGGCGGACAAAGACGACGCUCGCGGCCCCAAGAAUCGACAGGAACUCCUGGAACAACGACGCAAAAAGGAAGAAGAGCGCAAGGCCGCCAAGAAAGAGCAAAAGCGACGAGAAAAGGAAGAAGAGGCACGUCGACAGGAUGAAGAGAUCGCCCGCCGCUUCUCACCAGGAGGUUCGGGUUCGCUACUGGCGUCUCCUCGCUCUCCUCAAGUCGGUGACAAUGGUCCCAGCACCAACUUCAGCUUUGGUCGCAUCGCCUUCGAUGACGGCACACAAUUCGACCCAUCGUCCUCCACGGUAGUCGAAGACCAUAAGAAGAAGGGACCUCGAGACACCGCUUCAGAACUCAAAGCCGCCAUGGCCAAGAAGCAGCGACUAGCCGGCCUGGACGAGGACAAGCGCAAGGAGAUCGCGGAGAAGGACAUGUGGCUGAACGCCAAGAAACGUGCCCAUGGUGAACAUGUCCGGGAUGAUACAAGUCUGCUCAAAAAGGCCCUGAAAAGACAGCAGGGUCAAAAGAAGAAGAGCGAGAAGGAAUGGACGGAACGCCUCGAGGGUGUUCAGAAGGCACAGUACGCCAAGCAAAAGAAACGAGUCGACAAUUUGGCCAAGAGGAAGGAUGAGAAGGGCUCUCACGGGAAAUCGAAGAAAAGACCUGGAUUCGAGGGUAGUUUCAAGGGCAGAACUGGUGGAAAGAAGAAGUAA